UGUCCACUAGAACCCUGCCUACUUUGGUCUUUGCCGAACGAAUCCCAAGAGCCCGGUUGACGCCUGCGCAACCCCUUCUGCAUCAGCAUCCACCAUGCCCAAGCUGACUUAUUACCAUAGCUAGGUAGUCUUAAAAAUGUCAAUCAAGGCUCGAAUAUGGAUUACGGGCUUCAUGAACAGCAUGCCUCAUAUAUCUUGAGCCAGAGCAGCCGAGAUGAAGACGAGACUGACUUGGAAGCUAGCUGGGUUAUGCUGUCCCGGUCUGGGGACAUAGAACCCCUGCCACACGAGAGCAUGCUAUUCAAGACUCGGGGCCGGGUAGCUCUUAACAUAACGACACCAAAUAACCCCCCUGGUGUUACCCCGUUCUCCAUCAAGAGCGAAAGUGGUACUGCCUACAUCACAAAUCAAAGGUUGAUAUACCUACCAGCUAACCCCACGGAACAAUUCAAAUCAUUCUCAACCAAGAUCCUCGGCUGUCAAGAUGGUCGGAUGCGCUCGUCCUGGGUCGGGCCUUGGUACUGGGAAGCUAGUGUGCGACCCGUUCCGGAUGGCAAUAUCCCCCCAGACUUUCCCAGAGUGAAUCUGAAGUUAACUUUCAAAGAUGGCGGCUUCAGCGAGUUUGAAACUAAGUUCGUCGAAAUAAAAGGGCGGCUUCACCACGCGGCACAAAUUGCAGAGGAAUCAGGCCAAAGAAAUUGGGCUCUCAAUGUCCAUGAUGAGCAGCUUCCGGAGUACACGGCAUCACAAGGCCCAGGUCCUUCGAGCCAAAAUCGACCAACUACCAUCCAGGAGACAAUUCAACGUGCCGAUAACACUAGUCAACAAACGGGGACAAGUCAAGGGAUGCCCGAUGAGCCGCCCCCUGAUUACGAUGAAGCUCAGGCGCAGGCUGUCAGCAUGCGCUUAGACGAACAGCUAAGGGAGGAGGCAGAAAGGCAGUGAGCCUGCUCUGGCUUUUCCAGGCAGACUCAGCCUGGAACGGUAUUCUUACAUCAGAAAGCUUGGCGGCUACACUGAUGAUCACAUGAACAUCAGUUAACUGUGCAUAUUUGAUCUGACAUUCUCAUCGUGUCCCUAUACUAGGGUUCACAUCCUGGAUGAAGGGUUAGAAUGGACAUCCCAUGAAAUUCCCAACAAUCAUACAGCAUGAUGACAUGGUGAUUGUAUUCAUAACAAAAUGCAGACGUCUAAGAAGCGUUACACGUCAUGAUACAUACCCAGCUAUGCUACAACUGUCACCACCUUCCUAGGAACAUGGUAGGUGUCUGUCCAAAAUUGGCAUAUGUACAUAGCAACACAUCGUAAUACCUGGGCCAGAGGAGGCAUGGCGGUCUGUACUCAAGUAAUGUAGGAACUAGAUUAGUAUGACGGCAGCCAAACCAAUCCAAUGAGAGGUUGCAUAGAUGAUUUUUUUUGAACCCCGAGUUAGCCGUGUAAUAAGGUAUCCAUUAAAUAGAUUAAAUAGAGAAUAGAGUCAGUCAAGCAGUUCGGAG